CGCACCGCCACCGGAGGGGAUGGCGCGGAGACGGGGCGGCCCCGCGCCGGCGACAGCGGUCGCCUCGCCGGCCGUGCUCGGCACUGUGGCCGUCAUGGUGUUCGUGUACUACUCCACGGUGUUCGUCUUCCUCGAUCACUGGGUCGGCCUCGCCACGCCGAUCGGCGCCGCCCACGCCGCCGCCGUCUCGCUCGCCGUCGCCGCGUGCUUCCUCGCCUUCGUCUGCGCCGCGGGCGCCGACCCGGGCGCCGUCCCACCCGCCUUCGCCCCCGACGCCGAAGCCGCGCAGGGACAGGGGUUGAAAUCAAGGUAUUGUGAUAAAUGUUGCAUGUUCAAGCCUCCUCGUACCCACCACUGCAAGGUCUGCAGAAGGUGUGUUCUGAAAAUGGAUCAUCACUGUGUCUGGAUCAACAACUGUGUAGGAUACGCGAACUACAAAGCCUUCAUCAUUUGUGUCCUAAAUGCAACUAUUGGGUCUCUUUAUUCAUUUGUGAUAUUUCUAUGCGAUCUACUUCUGAAAGAGCAUGACUUUGAUAUUCUAUAUGUGAAAAUACUCUAUGUGAGUGCCCUGACCACUAUCCUAAGCUAGGAGCUCUCACUAUGCCAUCAGCAGUCUCUUUCUUGAUAAAUAUUCAUUCCAUUAUCAGAUCUUGGCAGGUGUCCUCUUGUUCUUCUUAAGCUUGACAAUAGGUUCUCUACUAGGCUGGCACAUCUAUCUAUUGUGUCAUAACAUGACAACCAUAGAGUACCGGGAGGCAGUAAGAGCGAGAUGGCUUGCAAAGAAGAGUGGGCAGAAGUACCGCCACCGGUUUGAUCUUGGAAUACUGAAGAACAUUCAAAUGAUCCUGGGUCCAAACAUUCUUUGCUGGCUUUGCCCUACUGCGACGGGGCAUCUGAACGAUGGCACCGAGUUCCAAAUCACGAACAACUGAUGAAUGCGCCAGCAGCAUUUCCAGUUACCACGUGCUACCGUGUAGAUUUCCCUGUUCAUUCUUGUAACCAAAUUGCUCCGGUAGGCCUACAAUCCUGUUGCAUUGGCUUUCUUGCGUCUUGCUAGCUAGGGCACCUGUAGAAACCUUCAGUUCUUCCCGAUCUUGUAACAGCAUGUAAAGCUUUUUCUCCCUCUCCCAGUCUCCAUGUAUUUUGUUCAUUUUUUGUUGUUGUACGAGUAAAGUUGUUCUUGAGGCCGAACCUACUCUACUGAAACAUUGGAUCGUGAAGUUAAUGUGAAUAUGUGCUGCAACUUAUCCC